UUCGUUUUUGGGGUGGCUUUCAUGGCAAUUUGUGUGUAGUGGUCUAACGAUUUUGGAGAGAGGAAGAGAAAGGAGUUCAAGUAAACUUUUUGCCACUCUUUCUUGUUUUGCAGCUUCUCAUUAAUUCCAGUCGGCCAUUGGCGUUUUCAGCUCACCGUGGGCGACACUUUUUUGCUGCCUAUCGGAGGAGCAGGACGAUGAGAUGAAACUCCUCAGACCAAUCGGUAAACAGCUCUCCCACCACCUCCUCCGCAAACCCAAAUCCCACCGCCACUUGUUGUUGUUCGCUUUUUCGUCGGACAGGGACUCAUCUAUCCCAUUCCCAGGGGGAGGGCCAGUGGGUGUGGGUGGACCAAUCGACGCAGGGUCUUCCAUCAGAAAACCGAUCAGUCUAUGGCCCGGAAUGUACCAUUCUCCGGUCACCAACGCCCUCUGGGAAGCCCGCUCCCACAUCUUCGAGAAAGAUGACACAACCACCCCACUGGUUCUCAAGACUCCGUCGCAGAGCUGCACCAGUGUUCUUUACAAGUUUUCUUCUGAUUACACUCUCAGAGAGCAAUACAGGAAUCCCUGGAACCACAUUCGCAUCGGCAAGCUCGUCGAGGAUCUCGACGCUCUCGCUGGCACCAUCGCUUUCAAGCACUGCUGCAACGAAGAUGGAACGACGAGGCCUCUAUUGUUGGUGACUGCUUCUGUUGACAGAAUGGUUCUUAAGAAACCAAUCAGCGUCGACACCGAUUUGAGUAUCGCCGGUGCUGUUACAUGGGUUGACCGCUCUUUCAUGGAGAUUCAACUUGAAGUCCUUCAGCCAACACAUGAAUCUCCGGAUCCAUCAGACACACUUGCUCUCGUAGCAAACUUCACAUUUGUGGCCCGUGACUCCAAGACUGGAAAAUCAGCUCUUGUUAACCAGAUUUCACCCAAAACGGAAAAGGAAAAGUUGCUCUGGAAGGAAGCAGACGAAAGAAACAAAAAGAGGAAAAAGAAGAAAGAACAUAAUAGAGAUGCUGAGGACCAUGAUGCAGACAGGCUCGACGCAUUGUUGGCCGAAGGGCGAAUCUUCUGCGACAUGCCGGCAUUGGCAGACAGAGACAGCAUCCUCAUAAGAGAUACUUAUCUUGAGAACUCUUUUGUUUGCCAACCGCAGCAAAGGAACAUUCAUGGUCGGAUUUUCGGAGGAUUCUUGAUGCGAAGAGCAUUUGAACUGGCCUUCUCAACAACGUAUUCAUUUGCUGGGGUUGCACCACACUUUCUAGAAGUUGAUCAUGUUGAUUUCUUUAAACCUGUGGAUGUUGGAAAUUUUCUUCGAAUGAAAUCUUGUGUUCUCUACACAGAGCUUGAGAACCCCGCUGAACCUCUGAUAAACGUGGAAGUUGUUGCUCAUGUUACAAGGCCUGAGCUCAGGUCCAGUGAGGUAUCCAACAAAUUCUAUUUCACGUUUUCUGUUCAUCCUGAGGCUGUUAAAGACGGGUUGCGCAUUCGGAACGUGGUUCCUGCAACUGAAGAAGAAGCAAAGCGUGUGCUUGAAAGAAUGGAUGCUGAGAGUUCCCUGGUUUCUCAUUCACACAACUAGAAUUAUUAGGUGGAAAUCGAUAAGCUUGGAGCUAUUUUAAUUUUCUUACUUCAUUGUACAUCUUACAUUGUUUCCAGAUCUUUAAUGAUAAAUUAUCUGAGAUUUCACUCUGUUUUUGCUAUAAAAAUA